CGCCGCAGCGUCGCCUCCUUCGGCGUCGUGCCCCUGCGUCUGGUCGACGGCCGCUGGCAGGCCUUCCUGGUCCGCCACCACGCCGGCCACUGGGGCUUCCCCAAGGGCCGGCCGGAGGGCGUUGAGGCGCCACGGGCCACCGCCGAACGGGAGCUGCGCGAGGAGGCAGGGCUGGCCGUCGUGGCCUUCCUGCCCCUGGAGCCCAUCAGCGAGUCCUACGCCUACACGAGGCGGGGCACCAGGUGGGACAAGACAGUGACGUUUUACUUCGCCACGGUGACGGGAAAGCCGGCGCUACAGGCGGAGGAGAUCGCGGAGGGGACGUGGGCGGGGCUGGAGGCGCUGGACGGAUACGCGAAGUGGGAUGAGGAUCGGGAACGAUACCGCAGAGUGCGGGAGGCCGUUGCAGGGCUGGGGGAGGGAUGUCCGCAGGGUUCCGGAGUCUAA